GGCCGGUCGAGAGUCCCGGGCUGAUUUGUAGUCCCAGUCCGCUCCUGCUUGGAUGAUUAUAAGACAAUUUCGAAAACUCCACAUUUUGUUGCCUUUUUUGCAGGAUGCUGCCAUUAGACUGGUUGUGAUUGGCCAGGCUGCUCAUCAUCAUAUAGAGCCGUUCUGUUUACUGACCGGGUAUCCUUAUGAAAUAUAUGUGGACCCCGAGAGGAUCAUUUAUCAAAAGCUGGGGAUGAAGAGAGAGGAGAAAUGUACAGACUCAGCCCAACCCAGUCCCCAUGUGAAGUCUGGUGUCUUUAUGGGGCAAGUGAAGAGUGUAUGGAGGGCCAUGACUAGCCCUGCAUUCGACUUCCAGGGUGACCUACAUCAACAAGGUGGAGCCAUCAUCGCAGGACCAGGCUCUCAGGUUCAUUUUUCCCAUUCUGACAUGAACCGCCUGGACCACAUGCCCAUUAACUGGCUCCUGCAGCUCGCAGGGGUUCAACAGACUCUGGACUUCAGUGAUAAGCCAACAAUCAUUCAUGUGUAGCCAGCUGGUCUGCUUGAAAGCAUGCUUCAUUCUUCAUCACUGUUUGGGCAUCAUCAUUUUAUAAAACAUAGUUGUGUCUCAGUUAUACUCAGUCUGUUUGUUUUUUUAAUCAAGUCUGUACUUGCUCUUCUGCUCUCCCAAACAUAUUGGAUAGGUGAGGUCUGAAACACAAGUCUUCUCUAAAACUCUUGGCUUUAUUCAAGGUCUUCUUAGUAUUUCCAGAGCUUCUCAUGUGCUGAUGAAGGUGAAAGCCAGUAAAUGAACUGAGCAAAGUUGUUCUGCCAAUGAAGAACAUGUAAUGUUGUUUGAGAA